AUUACAUUAGGUCGGAAAUUUUAGGUGUCCAUCACAUUGUACUGCUAGCUAGUGUAGCGGACGGGCGCCGGGGGGUAGCGGUAUAUAGCUUAUAGCCUAUAUAGGUCUGCGGUACCGCGCAAUCGUACGUUGAGCUAGCUAGCUAGAUCGAUCUAGAGCGAAGUUCCCUCGCGCUCGCCUCGACUCGAAUCUCAAUUCUCAACAGUAUUGUAUCUUUCGUUUUUAUUUAUAUCUAUGAAUCUAUCGCAACUGCAAUGAAGCCCUCAUGUGUGUUAUUUGUGAUGUAUUUGACCCUCAUGGUUAUCAAGAACAGUGCAGAAAAUGGAGAUAUUAUUAAUCAAAGUCUGCCUCCGACAGAGUCGCAGUCACCCGAAAUCAAGUCCAAGACCAAGUCCAAGGAGGAAUUGGCCGAAGCCAGGGUUGAAGAGCCAGACGAUAAUCUGGCGUUAGGCGAAGGAGGAGGCUGCGGUUGUGGGUCAUCUGCCCUGAAUAGGAACCACGGACACGAUGAUGAGGACAAUUCACAUGAUCAUGUAAAGGAAGAAGCUGCCUUGAAAUAUUCUUUGGAGGCAAAUGACCCUAUUCAUCACUCUGUAGCAAAUAUGGCUGCCUUUCCAAGAACACAUCAAAUGAAUUACAUUGAAGGAGGGACAUUUCAAAUGGGGACAGAUUCAGCAAAAAUUUAUCUGGAUGGUGAAAGUCCAUCGCGAUUGGUCACUCUUGAUCCCUACUAUAUUGAUGUGUAUGAAGUUAGUAAUUAUGAGUUUGAAUGGUUCGUCAACACAACUGGUUAUUCAACAGAGGCUGAAAAUUUUGGAGAUUCCUUUGUUCUCGAAGCUAGGAUAAGCGAAGAAGUAAAGAAGGAUAUUUCUCAAGUAGUUGCUGCUGCACCUUGGUGGCUUCCAGUCAAAGGAGCUGAUUGGAGGCACCCUGAAGGGCCAGACUCUGAUAUCUAUGCAAGGAUGGAUCACCCAGUAACACAUGUAUCUUGGAAUGAUGCUACAGCAUACUGCAAAUGGGCUAAUAAGAGGUUACCCACAGAGGCUGAGUGGGAGAAUGCUGCACGUGGAGGGCUCAAAGAUAGGCUGUUUCCAUGGGGGAACAAGUUGAUGCCCAAAGGUCAGCAUAGGGUCAAUAUUUGGCAAGGGGAAUUCCCUACAACCAAUACUGCAGAGGAUGGUUAUGCAGGAACUUGCCCUGUUACAGCAUUUGAGCCUAAUGGAUAUGGCCUCUACAACACAGUAGGAAAUGCAUGGGAAUGGGUUGCUGAUUGGUGGACAACAGUGCACAGUCCUGAACCACAAAACAAUCCUGUAGGUCCUGAUGAAGGUAAAGACAAAGUGAAGAAAGGAGGAUCAUACAUGUGCCAUAUUUCUUACUGCUACAGAUACCGUUGUGAGGCUCGUAGUCAAAACAGUCUUGAUAGCUCUGCCUGCAAUCUAGGCUUCAGGUGUGCUUCUUCUUACCUUCCAGAAGAUGUCCCCUGCAACAAUUGUAACCAGUAAAAACCCUUGUGCUUCCUGCUAUGUUCAGUAACUAAAAAGCAAUCAUCUCCAUACUUAGUACCAUCUUUCUCCUUGGUUUCAUCUGACAUGGUGACACAAAAUUAUACUUUGUUCUGAAAGUCGUAAAAUGAGGACUAGGAUUGCAUUUCAUUUUGUCAGGUCCAUAAUUAAAGGUAAAGGGUAUAGUCCUGAGUUGAUACAUGUACUUUGGAUUCAUUUUUUCGGGUUUGUUGGCUGAUAGAAGAUUAGUAGUUUUAUUUUUAAUCAUUCCUUUUUAGAAUGGCAAGCACAAUUAUUGUGUGUUUAUGUAACAAGAUUAUGGUAUGCAGCAGUAAUCUUGAAAGCAUCUCAAUGUAACUAACUGAAUCUAGCCCACUUUUCAUGUUUAACCUCAUCUUAACUGGGCUAUUUCGGACCAGUAUAUACUGGGGAGGGGUCAAUUUGACCCCCCCCUCAGAUCUCGGCCACUGAUUGCACAAUCGCCGCGAAAAUUUGCAAGCACGUAGAGCCGGAUUUAAACUACAAGAGUGUAUAGUAAAAUUGUCAAAAAAAAUUUUACAAAUAUUUUGUAUUAAUUAAUUAUGCAAAUAAGCAUAUGAAAUUUGCCAUAAAUUUUGUUUUUUGUGUAUUUGCCUUUUACUCAAUUUAAAUAGCUAGUAGAAUGCUAAUUUUUGGUGGGAGUAUCAAUUAUUAUGUUUCUAACAAAUAUCUACAAAAAAAUUGCAAAAAUAUAAUUAAUUUCUUAUGUAUUUUAUUGUUUUUUAAAUUCUUAUGUAUUUCUUUGUUUUUUCAAACCUGUUUUUUAUUGUUUUUCCCGAUGAACUUUGUCGAGGACCCUUUUGCGAUCAUAAAUAGCAUAAAAUAAAUCCAUUUAAACCAACAAAACUAAAAAUAAUCAUACAUUUAUGAUUUUUGGUUGAAAAACACAAUUUGCAUUGACUUUUUACAAAGAAUCACGUUUUUGAGCAAUUUCUGGUCUGACAUGCACUUACAAAACGUUGCGUAAUUUUGGACCCGCGUACCCGGGCGUCUAGGUCGCAAAUUUGGUCUCAAAAGAUGCGCAAGACUUGAAAGUGAAAUGUCAGUGAGCGGUGCAGUAAAAAAAUUUGUUGAGGGGUGGUCAAAUUGACCCCCCCCCCCCAGUAGGGGUUAAAGACCACCGCACACCUUACCACUGUGAUCCGAUUUUGGAACAAAUCGCAUUUUGCUCAUUUUCUGAAAAUGUGAAUGGAACAUAUCAUUUUAUUUGAGGUUAAAAUUAAUUGAAAGAAUACUAAUAUAACCAUUUUGAAAGAUUGCAAGCCUUUAUUUUGGAGUAAAGGCCAAAUUAGUUUCAAUUCAUAGCCAAUCGUACAACUGCUUACGACUAGAUAAUAAAUUCGCUUUUAUUCUAAGGAUGAGAGCAUAGUCACAUAGGUAUUUGUACGAUGAUUUAGAACAUUACACAGUAAGAUAUUCAAAGUCUCAAUAUUAGCAUCAAAUUCUACUACAUUUUAUUCUGAAAUCGGGUCGUAAGGUGUGCGGUUGCCUUAAGUAAAUGAGAGCCCCCUGUUCUUUGUGUGGCGUUAAAAUUCGAUGUAGGCCUAUGAUUUUAUAUUAAUGAACAGAUUCUUUGAAAAAGGAGACUACUCUAUUAGCAAGUAACCUUGUUAUCCUCUAGAAAAGCUACGAUGAUUAAUAUGUUUAAGCCUAUCUAUAUCUUUGAAUGGUUUUGGUAAAGCCCCAAAGUGCAUGUUACUAUUCCAAUUUAUUAUGAGAUUAUAUGAACGUGUUUGCACUAAAAUGGUCAAGACGUAGGCCUGUAUCGCAGAUGUCAAAUUUAAAUUCCAAUGGCUGAAAACAGCCAAUGACCACUACACUUGAGCAAUAUUGGAAUGUAAAUUAUACUUGAGUGCAAUUAACAGUACUGCCCCUUUACCAAAGCUUUUGACAGACUUUUAUGCAGUGAUUCUAAUUCUUUUACAAGGCUGUGUAUGAAUGAUAUAUUGUUAUUGAUUACAAAAUAUAUAUACAUCUAAUUUUUCAUCUUAUUGCAAUCUUUUUUAUUAAACUCCACCAUAAAAUUAUAUUAAUUGCUGUAAUUUCUAUCCCCGGGGGGGGGGGGGGGGGGGCACUUCCAUUGACGAGUGGAUACCAUGCGCGACCAUGGGGUCUCGAAAAGCACCCUAAACACGUAUUUUCCAUAUUCUGAAAAUGCACCCCUUAACAAGUAUUGGCGUCUGAAACCCUACCCUUAACAAGUAUUGAAAACAAAACGAGCUUGGCAAGUAUUCCCUGAAAUGAACCCCUAAACAAGUACAGCGAUAUUUUAUUGUUAUGUCACAGGUCCGUCGGUCGUCUACACCAGUGGCGUACCGUGGGUCACGGCAUUGGGGGGGCACCAGCAAAAUUAUGAGUCACUUAUAGAGCGCGCGAAGCGCGCUCAGUUGCUAGGUAUACUGACAUAAUAGGGACAUUUAAAGGACAGUGUCAUUAAACGGAUAUGUAUCUCACUAAUCACAUAAUGCGAGCGCGAAGCGCGAGCUGAAAUUUUUGUAUAUAUUGGCCCCAAACGGACAUUUUAAGGACUAUAUUUUAGGAAUGCAUUUAGAGUAUACAUAUCUCACCAUAGUCAUCUAAUGCGAGUACAAAACGCUUGCUGAUAUUGUUAGAAUAAUAUACAUCUAAACACAUGAAGCACUUGUAGUCAUUGUAAUCAUGAUUAACAUACGCAUCUCACUAAUCAAAUAUUGCGAGCGCGAAGCGCGAGCUGAAAAUUUAGGAAAGUCAGACCUGAAGAGGGAUAUUUCAAGGCUUGUUUGUAGGAAUUCACGUAGAUCAUACGUAGUUCACUAACCAAAUGAUGCGAGCGCGAAGCGCGAGCUGAAAUUUUUGUAUAUAUUGACCCAAAAGAGGGAUAAGGACUAUUUAUUUUUUUAAAGGAUUCCAUUAAGAGUACAGAUAUCUCACCAUAGUCAUCUAAUGCGAGUGCCAAGCGAAUGCUGAUUUUGUUAGAAUUACAUCUAAACACAUGAAUCACUUUUGUAGUCAUUGUUAUCAUGAUUAUCAUACGCAUCUCAGAAAUCAAAUAUUGCGAGCGCGAGCUGAAAAUUUAGGAAAUGUAGACCUGAAGAGGGGCAUUCUAAGGCCUGCUUUUAGGAACUCACGAAGACCAUGCGUAUUUCACUAACCAAAUGAUGCGAGCGCGAAGCGCAAGCUGAAAUUUUUUACAUUCAGAUCAGAAAAAGGGACAUUUUAAGGACUGAUUUUAGAAAAUUUAUGAAGAACAGACAUAUCUCACCAAUCCACGAAUGCGAACGUAAGUACGGACAGGAAAUGGUUUAUAUUAAGACCUUAAAAUCGGGCAAUCACUUUAAGUAGUCAUGAAAAAAAAGUAUAUGUCACUACAUAAAACAAUAAUAAUUCGAAGUCUAAGAAAAUAUAUUUAG